GACUUCCGGUACAGUCGUAAAGUAUUCCAACAUGGCGCCCGUGUGUCUCGAGUGAGGAGCCUCCUUCGGCCUAGUUUCAAGUUGGGAAAGUUGAGUUGAAUUUCUGGUAGGAGGACGCCGUUUUGUGGUUCACCACGUGUAUACUGGCGUUUGGAAAUGAAGGAGAAAGACCGCUCGCCGGCGAGGAAACGCUCACGGGUGCCAGAUGACGCCAAAGAGCGCAGAGGAAGUCUCCCUAGCAGGAGGACCGGAGAGCUGCUAAGCGUCGCCAGCAACAACGGCAACAGCUACGUCCCCUGCGGCGCCUCGUCCAGGAGAAGCUUACCCGGUGACAAAAGAGACAAUUACUCGGACAUUCGGGCCGGUAAUGGCUAUGACUACGGGGCUCCGCACGGUGGCGCUGUCCUUGCUUCACGCAGCGACCCGCGAUCUCCCGAAAGUGAGUACAAGACUCUUAAAAUCAGCGAGCUGGGUUCGCAGCUCAACGACGAGGACAUAGAAGACGGCCUGUUCCACGAGUUUAAGAAAUUUGGAAACGUGAGUGUGAAAAUGAGUCGGGAAAACGAUGAGAGGGUAGCCUUCGUCAACUUCCGGAAGCCUGACGACGCCCGGGCGGCCAAGCAUGCUCGCGGCCGACUGGUGCUCUUCGACCGGCCCCUCAAAGUCGAUGUGGUGUACAUGAACCGGCGGAGGAGCCGCUCUCCGCUUUCUAAAGACAGCUUCCCACCAGGGCAUAGACACGUUCCCCCCACCAGACAGCUCUCCCCCACAGGUUUGGGCUACAAAGACUUCCGGUUGCAGCAAAUGGCGCUCGGCCCCCUCCCUCCUCCUCCCCUGCCUCACCUCACAGAAGUGGAAAGAGAUGCAUAUUAUUCCCUGUACGACGGCAGGAAUCACGCCGCAUUCCUUCCAGAAUUCCACAACGACAACUCGUCCGAUGACGACCAGAGGGCAAACAGGACGUUGUUUCUCGGCAACCUGGACAUCGGCCUGACCGAGAGCGACCUGCGGCGAGCGUUCGACCGCUUUGGUGCUAUAACUGAAGUGGACAUUAAACGAGCAGCGCGUGGCCAGAGCACCACAUUCGGAUUUGUCAAGUUUGAAAAUCUCGACAUGGCCCAUAGAGCUAAAGUGGCCAUGUCGGGUAAAGUGCUGGGCCACCACCAAGUUAAAAUCGGAUAUGGCAAACCGACGCCCACUACCAGGCUGUGGGUGGGAGGCCUCGGCCCGUGGAUUUCCCUUGCCGCCCUGGCCAAAGAGUUUGACCGCUUUGGCACCAUCAGGACUAUAGACUACAGGAAAGGUGAGGCGUGGGCGUACGUUCAGUACGAGAGCCUGGAUGCCGCUCAGGCGGCGUGCACGCACAUGCGAGGCUUCCCUCUCGGCGGUCCUGAUAGGAGGCUCCGGGUGGACUUUGCUGACACCGAACACCACUACAAGCAGCAGCAGCAGCAGUACACGCAACCCCCUUUGCCGCUCCCACACUUUGAAUUGGUCCGUCCGCCGUUCGAUCACCGCUUCGCUGACUUGAUGAGGGAGCGUUCACCCCUGCUGCCGCCGCCUCGCUUCCGGGAGCGGGAUCCCUCCUCCCCUGCCGAAUGGUCUGGCUUUGGAGUCCACGAAAGAAUGCGAGGCUCCGGUUUCCCACCCGUGGCUCACCUGGAGAGACAUUCCCGUGAGCACUGGCCGGUUGACCGGGAGUGGGAGUUACAAAGAGGAGAUGCAAGCCGCCGGAGACGACACUUGGAGCACGGGUGGCGUCCGGAUCCCUCGCCUGACAAUAACGGCGUGCCGCGUGCCGGCAGCCCCGCCGACCGCAGUCCCGCAGAAGGAGGCGGCGAUAGUGACGGCGAACGACCUUCUCGGCCCGGUCGAGCCUCCCCAACUAAAGAGCGGCCAAACAGUCAGGAUAGGAGACGGAGAACUCUUAGCCCGACCGCGGCUGCCUCAUCCUCCGAGAAGGAGCGCAAACGCAAACCCGGCGACAAACCCAAGAGCCCGGCGGGGAAGGAGGACGCCUCGGAGCGUGCGUCCGCCCAGAAGCUGAGUCGGGUGUGGCGAGGUGUCCUCCUCUUGAAGAACAGCAGCUUCCCCACCGUGCUGCACUUGCUCGAUGGCGACGCGGUGGUGGUCUCCAGACUCCUUGCCGACGGCCCCAAAGGCAGCCAAGCUGCGCAACUGAAAAUCAGCCAGCGCCUGCGGAUGGACCAGCCCAAGCUGGAAGAGGUCUCCCGUCGCAUCAAGGCCGCCGGACCGAGCGGCUACUCCGUCCUCCUCGCCAUGCCGGGCAAAUCGGAUGACGACGCGGCUGCGGACAGCAAAGACUCGACGGAGCGCCCGCUGAAGAACCUGGUGUCUUACCUGAAGCAGAAGGAGGCGGCCGGCAUCGUCAGCCUCCCCGUGGGGGGUGCCCGCAACAAGGAGCACAGCGGCGUGCUUCACGCUUUCCCUCCAUGUGAGUUCUCGAUGCAGUUUAUGGAUGAGUCUGCAAAAGCUCUUGCUAAAUCAGAUCAUGACUACAUGGUGAUGGUGAUUAUUAGAGGAGCAUCAUGAGGAAAAAAAAACAACAACUAAAGUUUCACCACUGCGUCAGUGUGCUUUGUCGAUGAGGUUACCUAAACUGUGUCUCGUGCGAAUUUCUAUGAACAAAUGUAAACCGGUAAUUUAACGUGAAACUUGUUAAGUUGCUCCUUUUGUCGUUAAAUGACAAAUCUAACUUGAGUACAAAGGGUUCGGGGGUGAAUCCUACAGAGAAAGUCUUAAUCAUUGUUUUUCCUUUUUUAAGUCAACCCCCACAAAAAUGUGACAAUACCCGAGUGUUACUUUUGAUGCCUUAGCUCUUUUUGGAGACACGUCACAGUAGUAGUAUGUGCAACAAGUAGUCAAUCCCCAAUAGACAAUUGCAGGAAUGCUUCCACUCGUUUUUUUUUAUUUGCUAGAUAUUGUGACAUAGCAUGUUUAUGAACUUAUCUCAUCAUUUACUUUCAUUACUGCCUAAUUCACAAAUGUCCUCAUAAGAUUCAACAAUCAAAAUCAACAGUGAUAGUAUGAACAUGUUCUCUUUAGCUUUGCAACAUGUCAGAAUUUCUUUUUACAUUUGAGGUCAAAACUACCUAAAAAAAAAAAAAAGACAUAAUCAAGGUUGUCAUUUUUUGUGUGUAAUUAGCAACAAAGUGUGUAAGGUAAAAAAAAACCAAAAAAAAAACCCUCAAGAAUGUGUGAUUGAAACAAUUUACUUUGUUGGCUGCAACGGACUCAACUGAUGAAUCAAAGUGGGGGAUGAAGCGCCCAGCUCUGCUCCCUCUGAACGGGACUUGUCAUUGUUGCUCUCCAUGUCUCCUUUUAUUGUUUUCGAAAUGGAACAUGUGUGUGCAGUGUACUGAGGAUAUCUGCACACGCACACGGAGAGCGGCCGCGCUCAUGGGGAGUAAACAAAGUGCACUUCGCAGAUUGUGUCUCAAUAAAUUUGCUCAUUCGUGGGAACCUCAAGGAAAGACUACCUUUGUGACCUUUUCUGUUCUCGGAUUUGUCUAUCCAGCUCCAAAGCCUCACGGGGGCUUUGACGGCGGGAAGUUUCCCAGCAACCAGGAGAGGAAGUGUUGAGUUCCCAGGAAAACCAACCACUGUGUUGUGUGUUGAAUACAAUUGAUUGACCUCUUUUCAAAGCGCUUUCCAGUCCAUCUGCACGGCCUUUUGUGGGCCUCGGGUCUCAACGGGACCACCGGCGCAGAUGCCCCGGUUCGACACGGAGGGCUGUUUAUUCGCGUUGUCGCGUUCUCGCAUGGAGAACCCUCGUGUGAAGGCGACAGUUGACACAACUUGUCUACGUCAAAGAGCAGCGCUGCCUGUCUCUGACAUUAACUGGAAUGGAACAAAAGCAUCCAUGUAACUUUAUUACUUGGGUGAUGAGUUACAUAAUCUUCCUUUUGCAAAGUAGUCCAAUGACAUUGAGGAAAAGCUCAAGAGCAGGACCUCAGACAUGGCUCGUCCCUCAUCUUCAACACGUGGGACCAGACUGACUUCACAGGGACUCGAGAGUUCCGGCUGCUGUGAGUUGAUGCAUCCACUUCAGUUCUGCAGGUUCACACGUGCAUCGCCCAUUCUAAAGCUGCAGCCGGGUUUUGGGACCUCACGACUGCUGCGGAGACCCGACAGAAACCAUUAGCAGAGGUAAGCCAACCGCUGGAGAGUUGACCUCGUUUUGCUGUUGUCUUCAUCCCUUUUCAGUGAGUGAGCGAGCGCAAGACACGAUUAAGAUGAACAGAUGAGAUAACAUCAGCAGAGCACUUAAGGUAAGUGGAGUUUGGUGUCAUAGAUACGUGAUCCUGCAAUGGGAAAGAGUGAAAUCAUGGAUCUGGUUUUCAGCCUCCACAUGCAGUAUAUUAUUUAAGGAAUCACAAAAAAAAACUGCAGAACCAGAGUCCAACAGCAGGCCACUCAUUAAAACUAGUUACCAGCUUGCGGUGGGCCCAACAGUUUAGCUAUUGAUGAUGAUGCAUCUUGUGGUUUUUAUGAUGGAAAUCAGUACCACCUCAUUUCUAGUGAGGUAAUUUGACUCCUCGUGCAGUUUUUGUAACAUUAGACCUGCCUCUUGUAUUGAAUCUGAUUCGAUUCUGGAGUACACUCAGCUCUUAAUAGUAAAGAAACUUUACUCGUGGAUUUACAUAAGCUUCGGUGGAUUUCAUUCUGGAGGGCAUAAUUGUUUUACUGGUGAUUCAGUAUUGAUGUACAACGUAAAAAUGUGUAAAUUACUAUCGUGUGUAUAUUUGUUCUGCAACUGAUUUGUUAAUAAAGUCAGUUGUUGCUGAGGAAGAAAUGAUCA